AUGACCGUCACGUACACGGCCCGCGUGGCCAACGCGCGCUUCGGCGGCUUCUCGCAGCUGCUGCUGCUGUGGCGCGGCAGCAUCUACAAGCUGCUGUGGCGGGAGCUGCUCUGCUUCCUGGGGCUCUACAUGGCGCUGAGCGCGGCCUACCGCUUCAUGCUGGCCGAGGGGCACAAGCGCUACUUCGAGAAGCUCGUCAUCUAUUGCGACCAGUACGCCAGCCUCAUCCCCGUCUCUUUCGUGCUCGGCUUCUACGUGACCCUGGUGGUGAACCGCUGGUGGAGCCAGUACCUGUGCAUGCCGCUGCCCGACGCGCUCAUGUGCAUCGUGUCCGGCACGGUGCACGGGCGCGACGAGCGCGGCCGUCUCUACCGGCGCACGCUCAUGCGCUACGCGGGGCUCUCGGCCGUGCUCAUCCUGCGCUCGGUCAGCACCGCCGUCUUCAAGCGCUUCCCCACCAUGGACCACGUGGUGGAGGCGGGGUUUAUGACCCGCGAGGAGCGCAAGAAGUUUGAGAACUUGAACUCAUCCUACAACAAGUACUGGGUGCCCUGCGUCUGGUUCUCCAACCUGGCGGCCCAGGCCCGGCGGGAGGGCCGCAUCCGCGACAACGGCUCCCUCAAACUGCUGCUGGAGGAGCUGACCGUGUUUCGGGGCAAGUGUGCGAUGCUCUUUCACUACGACUGGAUCAGCAUACCCCUGGUCUACACCCAGGUGGUGACCAUCGCUGUGUACAGUUACUUCCUGGCCUGCGUCAUCGGACGUCAGUUCCUAGACCCCGCGCAGGGCUACAAAGACCACAACCUUGACUUGUUCGUGCCCGUCUUCACUCUGCUGCAGUUCUUCUUCUACGCCGGCUGGCUCAAGGUAGCAGAGCAGCUCAUCAACCCCUUUGGAGAGGAUGACGACGACUUUGAGACCAACUUCCUGAUCGACCGCAACUUCCAGGUGUCCAUGCUGGCCGUGGACGAGAUGUACGAUGACCUGGCCAUGCUGGAGAAGGACCUGUACUGGGAUGCAGCGGAGGCCCGGGCCCCCUACACCGCAGCCACCGCCUUCCUGAGGCUGCAGCCCUCCUUCCAGGGCUCCACCUUCGACAUCACGCUGGCCAAGGAGGACAUGCAGUUUGAGCGGCCCGACGGCGCAGAUGUGCCGCUGGGCGAGGCGCAUGGCGACUUCUUGCAGCGCCUCCUGCCGGUGGGCCCGGGCACGGCUGCGGGAAGCCUGCUGGGCCGGCGCCUGUCCUUGAUGCGCCGCAAGAACAGCUGCGUGUCCGAGGCGUCCACAGCCGCCAGCUGCGCGGGCACCAGUGCCCUCGAUGGCGUAGCCCCGGAGUGUGACUGUGGGGACCUGCUGUUGGACUCCGGGCUUCGAGAGCCAGAGCUCGAGCCCCACACCGGGCCAGAGCCGCCAGCCCCGGGGCCGGACGCUGAGCCCUUCACCACAGUGCCCAUGACCGCACCCCGAGGGCCGGCUCCGCCCUGGCUGCCCAGCCCCAUUGGCGAGGAAGAGGAGAAUCUGGCUUGA